AUGCCAAAGAGGUCCACAUCUAUUGUCUACAUAGAUACAUUUCUUAUGCCUAAGGCAUUUUCUGGCCACCACUAUUGGUAUUUGUCCAUUAUUGAUUCCUUCAAGUUCACAAACCUUGAAUCACCACAUACCAGUCUAUCCUCACCAUUACUUUUAUACACUAACGAUAAUGCUUAUCAUGGUUUUGGCGCUGUUUUAUCUUUGGAUGAACUAGAGACUCUAAAUAAGUCCUUAGGCUUCAUUUCAGCUUGUGCUGAUAAGCCUUUCAAGCUUGCUACCACCUAUUGCCCAGAAUUCCUCUCCCUUAAAGCCUCCACUGGUUUAUGGCCUGCCUCAAAUUAUGGUAAAGACAUUAUAAUUGGUAUUAUAGAUUCUGCUAUUUGGCCUGAACAUCCAAGCUUUGAAGACCAUGGCAGGCCUGCUGGUAAGGUUUCAUCUAAGUGGAAGGGAAAGUGUGAAGGAGGACAACAGUUUAAUUCGUCAAUGUGUAACUCCAAACUCAUUGGAGUUAGGUACUUUAAUGCAGCAUUGAAAAGAAAAUUUAGGUCUUCUAUUGUAGACUCUGCUAGGGACACUACAGGCCACGGGACCUAUGUGUCUUCAGUAGUUGCUGGGAAUUUCUUAACAUGGGCGUCUUUUGAUGGCUAUGCUGAGGGAACAACAAAAGGUGUAGCACCAUAUGCUAGGAUUUCCAUGUAUAAAGUUGUUUGGGAUGGAGGCAUUAGAUGUUAUGUCGUUGCUGGUAUGGAUCAAGCCAUUGCUGAUGGUGUUGAUGUGAUUGCAUUGCCAUGGGAUACAAGCAAACAACAGAAAAGCUAUCAUUGGAACCUAUCGUAA